AUGCCCAACACAAACGAAAGCUCACAUUCCGGCACGACUACGACGGCGGCGGCGGCAGCAGCAGCGGCGGCAGCGAACGCCGGUGACGAUCUCGGCAGCACGGACGAGGUGAAAGUGUUCAAGGACGAGGGCGACCGGGAGGAUGAGAAGGCUUCGUCCGAGAACCUGCUGGAGGAGAAGUUUAACCUAAUCGAUCUGACCGAAAGUGCGGAAAACCUGGUAAAGAACUCGUCCGCCCGGCAGGACCUUAGCCCCACGUAUGUGCCCGCCAGCCGCUCCGAACCGACCCCGAACAGUAGUGGGGCAAGCGGUAGUGGUGGUGGUGGUGGUGGUGGUGGUGCUGGUGGGAGCGGAGGUACCAGCAGUGCCGGGAAGCUCAACUCACCCGACCAUUCGCCCGGUUUCAGCGGGAUGGGUUAUCUGCCGCCGUACCAAUACUCGAGCGGGACGGCCAGCGCACUCCAGGCGGCCGGUUCGAUGGGCAAAGGUGCGCUCGGGUUGUCGCAGUUCUUCUGCAACGAGGAUGUGCUGUCCAAUCCACCGCCCGCACACUGUGGCAUCUUGCCGUACCAGCUCGAUUCGAAAGCGAUCGGUCUGUCCGCGAGACAGUCGCUCUAUUCGUUCUCCACCAGCCAGUACCCGUACCCGUCGAUUCUAUCCUCCAACAUGCUGCCGGUCCCACCGUCAUGGCAUACACCCUCCAUGUACUCCACCGCGCCCAGCUUCCGCAACACGUACCCCUCCUCGUUACAGAUCUACACCACGCUGGCCAGCGAUCUGUACUCGCGCUAUCAAUCCUCCCAGUCGCUGCUUAACUCGGUCCACUCGCACAACGUGCUCAACCAGAGCCUGCAGCAGGUGAAGCAGGAAUCGGGCGUGAGUUUGCUAGGGGCGGGUGGAAACGGUAUCGGGCCAGAGCUCGGGGUCGGGCACAACUACAGCGUGCGGCAACACGUGCUCAGCCCGGGAAGUAAAUCGGUGGUGGUGGAUCUACCGCAGGAGUUGACGAAUCGCUUCGGCCGAGCACAGAGUGUCGGUAGCACUGGGAGUGGAGGUGGCGGCGGUGGUGGAGGAGGCGGCGGCGGUAGUGGCAUUGGCAGUGGGGCGAGCAGUGGCGGUAGCAGUGGUAGUGGUACGGCCAGCGGAGGCUCGAAGAAGAAGUGCGCCUCCGAGCGGUCGCACCAGCAACAGCAAGCGCAACAACAGAACCAGCAGCAGCAACAACCAAACCGGCCCCAUAUCAAGAAGCCGCUGAAUGCAUUCAUGUUAUACAUGAAGGAGAUGCGCGCGAAGGUGGUGGCCGAAUGUACGCUGAAGGAGUCAGCCGCCAUCAACCAAAUCCUCGGCCGCAAGUGGCACUCACUGUCACGGGACGAGCAGAGCGUGUACUACGACAAGGCGCGCCAGGAACGGCAACUACACAUGGAAAUGUAUCCUGGCUGGACGGCCCGGGAUAACUAUGGCUACGGGUCGAAAAAGAAGCGGAAAGCGAAAAAGAAGGACCAGCUCGGCAGUGAACCACCCAGCAGGCGUAAAAAAAUUUGUAUACGUAAUGAGGAAUCUGACAACUACGACGGAUCGCGUAUGUCGGACGAGUACAUGGGAAGCUACGGGACGGUCGUGUAAUAAAACACCUCUAAUGCAUCUCCCGCCCUGGUCCGACCCCUCUGUGUGCCACCACGUGGUUAAGACCUUGCUAGAAGAUCAGGCCGGCCUCCCCCAUUCGCCUCUCCAAGGAAGCGGCAGCGGCGCGAUGAGAAACGCGAAACCUUACCCAAUAAGACUUCAAACGACACCGUGUAUAUGUGUAGGAAAUAGAAGCAUAAGCGAAGAGGAAGAAAAAAAAGGAACACAACCAAUCGUUGGUAGAGUGCGCAGUGCGUGGCCAGCCUAAGCGAACGAUAGUGCGAUAUCUCUGUUUAGCAUUUAUGUGAAAAACUCGGAAAAUGUUUUACUUUUAGAUCAACCAAAAAAACCAAAACCGGGAGACAACCUCCCAGUUUUUCCCUCCCUCGCAACCCCCGGGAGGGUUGUAUCGGAACGAAUUUCU